AUGCCAGGGCAAGGCCGCUGCCAAGAAGGUCAAGCCGUCGCCGUCGCCGCCGCCGCUGCUGGCGCAGCCACUGGUGUUGAGGCCGGCACAAUCGCGCCGUCAACCGCGGACCCCAACCGCGCCGUUCUCGACCCCAUCGCGCGCCGGGCCGAAUUCCAGCCAGAAAGCUGCAAAGUUCGGUCAGCAAACCGAGUCUUUUGGGUCGUUUUAGAUGGUCGAACAACCAGCCCAUUAAACGCGGCCCCAAAUGCGCCACGCUCGACGCCUAUCGUACCCGCGCCAGGGUGCCAAGGCCGCUGCCAGGAAGGGCAAAGCGCCGCCGUCGUCGCCCGCAGUAACAAGGGUGCCACUGACGGCGCCGCAAAGGCGCCGUCGCUGCUGGUGCAGCUACUGGCGUUGAGGCCGCUGGGGCUAACGCUGGCGCUGAGGGCCCGGGACGGCAUCGCCGCUGCUGCCAUAGGGUAUCAAGAAGGGCAGAAAACGCGAGAAGAGUAA